AUACUUCUCUGCCACAGCAGAAACCCACCCCCCUUCAGGCCGUGCAGUCAUGUUCUGGGUGCCCUGAUCCCACAAAAGCCCAUGGGGAGCCCCAGAUUGGAAGCCCUGCUCCUGCUGCUCUUUGGCCUCUCUGCCUCCACUGCCAGGACUGGCUGCCCAUACCUGCCCUACUGGAGCACCCGUUGUCUGCUGGCCUCCCACAUGAAUGACAGCUUCUCUGGAAGCUCUGCCCAUACUCUUUGCCAUACUCAGUUGGCCUUCCUCCUCUCCACAAAGCCCUGCUGUGCUCAGGUCCAGCACUGUCCCUGCUGGUUGUGCCUGCGGCUGAUGUCAGAUCCUUCAGGCCUUCAGCAGAGCUGGUUCCAUUUCCUAGUGUGGAAAUUCAAAAAGUCUUACAGGCUCAAGUUCUAUAGGAGGCACAAGAUGCCAACAUCUGCUCAGAGGAAGCUUUUGAGUAGCUGUUGCCUAUCUGAGAAGGAUUACAUCUCCAUCCCCUCCCCAGAUAUCCCCCACAAGGGGCUGCGCUCUAAAAGGACCCAGCCUUCAGAUCCAGAAGCAAAGGAAGGUCUCCCCAGGCUGGGCUCACAGAGAUAUGGAAGGCCCAAGUUCUCCUUUGAUUUGCUGCCUGAGGCACGGAUUGUUCGGGUGACCAUUCCACCAGGCCCUGAGGUCAGUGUGCGUCUUUGUCACCAAUGGGCAUUGGAGUGCGAAGAGCUGAGCAGUCCCUUGGAUACCCAGGUAAUUGUGUCUGGGGGCCACACUGUAGACCUGCAUUAUGAAUUCCUUCUGCCCUGUCUGUGCAUAGAGGCAUUCUACUUGCAAGAGGACACUGUAAGGCACAAAAAAUGCCCCUUUCAGAGCUGGCCUGAAGCCUAUGGCGCGGACUUCUGGAAGUCAGUGCAUUUUACUGACUACAGCCAGCACAAUCAGAUGGUCAUGGCCUUGACACUCCGCUGCCCACUUAAGUUGGAGGCCUCCCUCUGCCAGAGACAGGGCUUGCAUGCCCUCUGUGAAGACCUCUCCAAUGCCACGGCUCAAGAAUCAGAAGGGUGGUAUGUUUUGGAGAAGGUGGACCUGCACCCGCAGCUCUGCUUCAAGUUCUCUAUUGCCAACAGUAGCCACAUCGAAUGCCCCCACAGGACUGGUGAGCCAAUGACCCCAUCCUGGAACGUGAGCAUGGAUACCCAGGCCCAGCAGCUGAUACUUCACUUCUCCUCAAGGACGCAUGCCACCUUCAGUGCUGCCUGGAGCCACCCAGGCUCAGGGCAGGACAGCUUUGUGCUCCCUGUGUACAACGUCAGCCAGACCCAGGGCUCAAGCCCAGUGACAGUAGACCUCAUCAUUCCCUUCCUGAGGCCAGGGGGCUGUGUCCUGGUGUGGCGGUCAGAUGUCCAGUUUGCCUGGAAACACUUCUUGUGCCCAGAAGUGCCCCAUCGACGACUGGGGCUCUUGAUCCUGGUACUGCUGGCCCUCACCAUCCUACUGAGCAUUGUUCUGGUCCUUACCCACCGCCGCCCACUGUCAAGUGCCAGCGGAGCGAGGCCUGUGCUGCUUCUGCACACCACGGACUCAGAAGCACAGCGACGCCUGGCGGGAGCGCUGGCUGAACUGCUGCGCGCGGGGCUGGGCGGCGGGCGCGACGUGAUCGUGGACCUGUGGGAGGGGGCGCGAGUGGCGCGCGUGGGUCCGCUGCCGUGGCUGUGGGCGGCACGGGCGCGGGUGGUGCGGGAGAGCGGCACCGUGCUGCUGCUGUGGAGCAGCGCCGCCUCCAGCCGGGUCCGUGACUCCGACCCUUGCGCCGCGCCCCUGCGCGCUCUGCUCCGCGCCGCCCCGCGCCCACUGCUGCUACUCGCUUACUUCAGUCGCCUCUGCGCCAAGGGCGACAUCCCCGCGCCGCUGCGCGCCUUUCCGCGCUACCGCCUGCUGCGCGAUCUGCCUCGCCUCUUGAGGGCCCUGGAGGCAGAGCCGUCGAUUGGAGCCAAGAGUUGGGGCGGCCUCGGGGCCCGACGGUGCCUGCGGGGUCGCCUGGCGCUGUGCCGCCGGCUGGAACGCGAAGCGGCCAAACCUGCCAACCGAGGCUGA